AUGAGUUCUGCAAGUGCCCUCUCCAAUGGGGAGACCUGGCGUCUCCUGGUUCUGGUGGGAGUCUGCGUAGGCGUCAUGAUCAACACGUUCCAGGGCGAAGGGGCGCCUUUGGUGGCAUCAAUUGCGUUUAGCGGAAUUGCUUUUGCCAUUACAUUCAGUAUGAUCCGAUGGCUGGGGCCAGUUUUUAUGAAAGCUGGAUUGAAAGGGAAGGAUAUGGCAAAGCCGAAGAAACCUGAAAUACCAGAGACAAUGGGGGCGGUUUGCGCGAUUGUAUAUCUGCUAGCGCUUAUCUUCUUCAUUCCGUUUGCAUUCUACAAGGAUAUUGUGGCGGCUACGUCUGGAGGAGGAAACCGAGAUGUGGUUGUGGAAGUUGACCAUGUCGAGAAUGGUCGAUUUCUGCAUAGAUUUCCGCAUGGAAAGCUUGCAUCUUAUCUUUCUGGCCUCCUGUCUCUACAAUGUAUUGUCAUUCUCGGAAUUGGAGAUGAUCUUCUCGACAUCCGAUGGAGACACAAAGUCCUGAUUCCCGCAUUCGGUGCAAUUCCCAUGUUGAUCGUGUACUUUGUCGACUUUGGUGUGACGCAGGUUGUUGUCCCAGUGCCAUUACAGGACUAUCUGGGUACUAUCGUUGACCUCGGCUGGUUAUACUAUGCGUACAUGGCCGCCGUGGCCAUCUUCUGCCCGAACGCCAUCAACAUGUUGGCAGGCGUGAACGGAGUGGAAGUCGCCCAGUCACUGGUGAUUGCAGUGUUGUUGAUUGCAAACGAUCUUCUAUACCUCGCGCCUUUUGCACCAUUCCCGCAUCCUGCCGUGGACUCGCAUCUGUUUUCCAUGUACUUCCUGCUUCCAUUCGUGGGCGUGUCCCUGGCACUGCUAUCUCACAAUUGGUACCCAUCCCAGGUGUUUGUCGGUGACACAUACUGCUACUUUGCAGGAAUGGUAUUCGCAGUUGUCGGUAUCCUGGGCCACUUUAGCAAAACCCUGCUCCUCCUCUUCAUCCCUCAGAUUUUCAACUUCCUCUACUCAACUCCCCAGCUCUUCAAACUAAUCCCGUGCCCGCGCCACCGCUUACCAAAAUUCAACGCCAGAACCGGCCUCCUCGAACCAUCCGUGACAGUGUGGGAUGUACCCCCGUCCAGGCUGAUCGGGAUUGGUCUGGAAAUUCUGCACAUGCUGAGACUAGUCCGGGUAACGAGGAACGAAAAGGGAAAGAUAGUCGAGUCGACGAAUCUGACUAUUCUCAAUCUGUGGCUGGUGUGGAUGGGGCCGAUGAGAGAGGAUAGACUUGCGUUGAGUAUGGUGUUUGUGCAAACGGUGUGUGGGUUGCUGGGGCUGUUUGUACGUCACCAGCUUGCGUUGUUGGUUUUUAGGGAGGAUAAUCUUUCUUUGGCUUGA